UGCUGGCCUCCAGGGCUAACACCAGAGAGCAUGUUCCUUAAGGUGCCUUUCCUUCUGGGGCUCAUUGCAUUAGGGCCUCCUACCUGUAGUUCCAAAUUUGUGGACAUUAAUAAGAGCACGGAGUUCUUUGCCAUGUGUGUAGAGUUUGCCAUGUUUCAGUUUAACCAAGCCUAUAUGGAUGAGUAUGCUUACAAGCUGCUGUGGGUGAGGAAAAGCCAACGCAAGCAGUUUACUUGGAUUUAUUUAAUGGACUUGGAGAUGGGCCGCACAAUUUGUAAAAAACAUGAUGAAGACAUUGACAACUGCCAUUUGCAAGAAGGCCCAGGCAAAAAAAAGAUGGACUGCACUUUUGUUGUGGAUGCCCGACCGUGGUUUUCCCAGUUUACCCUCCUGAACAGCACCUGCGUGCAGAAAUAG